AUGUUUACCAUCUUUGAACCGGAUUGGGAGGAAGUUAUUUCAAGGUAUAGAAAAUCUCACAGUGGAUCAUCAACAGCUGAUCAAGUUUCGCUGUUUUCAAUUCCUCUAAUUGAUAAACUGCAUUACAGUGUACUCCUGUCAAGUAUAUCACCACCACAAGGUGCAGGCGGAGCAACAUUCAACGGACGUAUUAUGGCGUUAAGAGAACUUGUUCAACAGAUUGAAAUAGCUAAACAAUUCGGGAAUUCGAAUACUUCCUCACUCAGUGGGAUGAGAAAUUGUCAAAAGCGAACACGUCCCUCAGUGCCGCUUACAUCGGCCAGUAAGUUAGCUACAGAGAAUGUUGCUUUCUUGGCUAAACGACAAAAAAGGCGGGUUUUACGACUGGAUCAAUUAAUGUCAUGGAUUCAAGAUAACGAAGUGAUAGCAAAGUCCUUACGUGAGUUUUACUACAACAAUUUCUUAUUUAUGAUUCACUCGUUAGGCGAUUCGUAUCAAAAAUGA